AUGACACAAAUUUCUCGUUCAUUUGUGAAUGGCCCCAUGAUUUCUGGAUCAUGCAGAGAACAUCUUUUAGAACUUAUGGAUCUCCUUCAGCUAUAUACGUCGAUGGAAGAGGAAACCGACUACAAAGAGGGGUUUCUUCUCACAAAUGCUGUAAUAUCAACUUGCGACUCGAUGCUCAGAACCUAUGACCCGCAGCGUCAUUCAUCUUCGGAUCAGCUUCCCAUUGAUUCUCCGGUCUUUUACCACAUAUACGGUUCUUCUCUCCUUUCUCUUCUUUUUAGAGCCAUCUCAAGCUAUCUAUCAGAGAUCUCUAAUAUCCUGGAAGAGCACGAUGGAACAAAAACAUCUGUCAAACAAGAAUACCAAGAAAGGGUUGUGCCCUUGCGCAAAUACCAGAAAAUUUUGGUCGAGACCGCGAUGGAAUAUUGCAAAGAGAGCUAUCAAAAAUCAAUCGCCUGUGCAGCUAAUAUCCUCAUGCCAAAUGAGCAGGAAAGAAGCGAAUCAGAUCCUGGCGCUUUUGAGAUAUUUGAUGUUCUUGGAAGCACCGUUGCUAAUAGAGAACUAUUUUUUGAGUCUUUACUUGCUGAAUGUUUCGUUAACAGGAGAGAAAUGUACAUCCCAGACAUCCUUAGCAGGGUUUCCGAGUUUGAGCCAUCAAUUUGUAAGGAUCUUGUCAAUGAAAUAAUUUUGUCAAAGUCCUCGUAUUUUAUCCAGAACUCGAUUUUCUACAUCCAAGUUGAGCUAAAAUGGGCUGUGAAUUUUGAAAUUUGUGCAUCCACGCCCACUGUCUCUUCUAUGCUGGAUAACGAGGACAUAGCGCCAUGCGAGCCCAAUUGGGCCUUGGAUUUUGAAUCUGAUUCUGAAGAGGAUAGCGAUCAAAGUAAUGACUUUGAGGAGGAUAGCGAUCAAAGUAAUGACUUUGACGAAGAUAGUGAUGAAAGUAAUGACUUUGAGGAGGAUAUCACCAAUUGCAAGAGCGAUGACGGUUCCAAUGAAAGCAACAGUGCUAACGAGUCUCCCCUCGAGGAUGAUCCAGAACUUACUAUCAACGAAGAUCUCCAAGAAACCGAAAGCUGUGUUAGGGAUGAAAAUGAGCUAAUUCAAGAUUUUGAGUCAAUCGUCAAUAUUAAGCAACAGUGCUUCACAGACGCUUCAAAAGCAAUCGGCCUUGAUCGCUUGUAUCUAUCCAUUUGCGCCCUUAAGGGGCUAUUAUCAUUUGCUGACCAAAAUUCGGCCAAUUGA